UAUCAGACAAAAUUAAAAUAUUAAAAAUGUACUCAAAGAUCCUCUGCUUUACGACCCUCCUUGCUGUGGUAGCUGCCCAAUAUGGCCACGGCCAUGGGUACUCUUCCCAGCACUUCGUUAAGCACGAUGGACACCCUGAAAUCGUCCACGGUCAUCACGGACAUCAUGACUACCAUACUCAUCCCAAAUACGAGUUCGACUACAAAGUAGAAGACCAUCACACUGGAGACAUUAAGUCGCAGCACGAGCACCGUGAUGGAGAUAUGGUGAAAGGCGCCUACUCUCUACACCAGCCUGAUGGUUCUGAGAGGACCGUGCACUACCAUGGAGACCAUCACACCGGAUUCCACGCUGAUGUGAAAUUCGGAACCCAUCACAUUGUCCCUCAUCAUCAUCAUUAUUAAUUUUGGCACUGAUGGUUAUCUGUUUUUAUACGUUUAUAAAUGUUUGUUAUCAAAGGAAAAUGAAUAAAGAUUCUUUAAAAUA